AUGGUGGAAGAGCAGAGUGAAAAAGAAAAGCGAGAAAAAGGAGACUCUGAAGGGAACAGGUGGUUUGCGUAUCCCCAGGCCGCCGUUUUGGUUGAAACCGAGAUUAGCGAGCCAGAUUGGUAUGUUUUGACGCUGGUGAUGCCUUCAAGCAUUACUGUAUUUGGAAGUAGAAAGCGGCCGGCCAUUUUCCAGGGGAUGUGCACAAAGGAGACGGAAUGCGUAAGCAGGGCAAGGAAGAAGAGCCCGCGAUGGUAUGUCAACAAUCCGCUGGAAUAUAGUUGCAUAACGUUGAUGCAGCGCCGCCAGUGGUGGACAGAGGGAAAGAUAACAAGCUAUAUCAUAAGUAGGAGGAGAGUAAGAAAGGAAGAACAAAAAAUAAAAGGCAAAAGCAAAGGAUGGAGACCAGCCAUGCGCGUGGAACCCUUCCCAAAAGGAACCUGCGGGCCUUUUUCAACUCUGUUUUUUCAGUCAAGCCCAUGUUUCCAGUGCUUCUAUUCGUAA